AUGUUCGUGAAAUCUAACGUUGUUCAGAAAUGCCAGGUUUGUCCCUACUUCACAACAUUACCAUUUUUGAUGGUAAAGCACGUUGGACGACAUCACUCUUCGCUGGUAUCGUUUAUCUGCGAAAACAAUUUGGAAAUUUAUUGUUGCAACAACUGCAACUUCCAGACCAGUCUUACCAUUCUUUUUAAGGAACACAUUAAAAAGUGCCACUUGAAUCAAACAAAUAACCUGAAAAAUCCACCUGAUUUCCAGAAUUACAGUUGCAAAAAUUGUAGCUUCGAAACCUAUUUUACACUAAAGUCGCUACAGCACAACACAAUAUGUCAACAAAGCAACUGUUCAAUAGGUGAACACGAGGACAACAAGUCUGCAAAGUUCCACAUAAUAAGAGAUGCUUCAGGUUGGUACAACUGCGAUCACUGUGACUACAAAACCACCCACAGACGCACCCUCAGAACCCACAGAUACGUUAGACACAUAGACCCUAAAGACAUCAAGUGGCGUCAGUGUGAAAAGUGUUCCUUUAAAACCAAAACUAUACCGUGCUUAAAAAGUCACAUGAAGCGCAAACAUGCAGACGACAAAAACACCAAAUGGCAUCAGUGUGACAAAUGUUCGUACAAAACGCGGAUCAAAAACUAUUUAACAGCUCACAAAUAUAGUCAUACGGACGAGAGUGACAUCCAAUGGUACCAAUGUAAUCUCUGUUCCCACAAAACCAAAAUGAAAAGAUAUUUGAGACAACACAUACACAACAAACAUUCAGAUGGUAAAAGGUGGUAUCAGUGUGAGAAGUGUGCACACAAAACUAAAUAUAAGGGUGCCAUGACAGUGCACAUGAAAAAUAUACACAGUGUAGUUGAGCGACUGCAGUGUGAAAAGUGUUCACUCACGCUGAAGAAUGAGGACUGCUUAAAAGCGCACAUGCGUAAGUCGCAUCAAGACAGAAAAAAAACACUAGUGAAGUUAUGA